AUGAAAUUCCUGAUUGUUGCUGCCCUCGCCAUUGCUGCUGUGUGCGCUGAGGAAGCCAAGAAGACCGAGAAGCGUGGUCUUUCGAGUCUUGGAUACGGCGGUCUUGGCUAUGGCGGUCUCGGUUAUAGCGGUCUCGGAUACGGCGGCCAUGGCGCUGGAUACGGAGGUUAUGGUGGACUAGGAUACAGUGGAUACGCUUCUCCGGUAGCCGUCAGCAAGGUGGCGUACACGACCAGUCACGGCGGAUACGGCGGAUAUGGCGGAUACGGCGGAUACUCUGGUCUCGGCGGAUACUCCGGUCUCGGCGGAUAUUCCGGCCUCGGAUAUGGUGGCUACUCCGGCCAUGGUGGUUACUACAGCUCGCCGGUCUACAGCGGCUACGGUUACAGCGGCUACGGACAGGGUCUGGGAGGCUACGGCGGACUCGGCUACUACGGGCACCAC